AUGGCUGCGGUGGCUCAGCCAGCGAUGCCUCGGAUGGCCGUCAUGCGACUAUAUUUUCACAAUCACGACCUCGCUUCGGCUCACCGUCUGUACUCGACACCAUCGCCGCCUCUCCCGCCUCCCGACAAAGAUACGCAGGCGGCUCGGGUUGCCGCCGCCAGCCUGCCCUCGACAGCCGAGAGCCGACGCAGCACGCUCAACCUCAAGUUCAGCGAAGCGAUGGACCGGCUGCAGGCGCGUGCGCUGACGGCCUCGCAGACGCUCAACGAUGUAACGGGCUACUCCGCGAUUGAGGCGAUCAAGGCGGACAAUGACCGCAUGGAGCGGUCGCUGGGCGAGGCGCAGGAGAGGGUGCGCAGCGCGCGGGCGGCGUACCGAACCUCCAAUACGAAGCGGGCGGCGACGCAGCGUGAGGUGACGACGCUCCUGGCGCGCAAGGACAUGUGGUCGCCGACGGACCUAGAGCGGUUCACGGAGCUGUACCGGACGGACCACGAGCUGGAAGGCGCGGUAGUGGCCGCGCAGGGAGCACUGACCGAGGCCGAGACCGAGGAGCAAAGCCUGAACCAGCGACUCAACGCGGGCAUUUUGAAGCGCUAUCACGAGGAGCAGAUCUGGAGCGACCGCAUCCGGCGUGCCAGUACUUGGGGCACCUGGGGCCUGAUGGGCAUGAACUUUGUGCUGUUUGUGCUGCUGCAGUUCUUUGCUGAGCCGUGGCGUAGGAAAAGGCUGGUGCGCGGCGUUGUCGAGCACGAGAGAGAUGUGCUUGAGGGCGUCAGGACGGACAUGGAGGCGCUAAAGGCCGACCUCGAGAUCAAGUUGGAGGCGGCGCUGCGGCCCGGCAAGGAGGAGAUGUUAGCGCCGCUUGUUGCGCCGGCUGCGGCGGAGGAGGCGGCGGCGGCGGCAGCAGCGACAAUGCGGAUAAAGGUGCCGUCGCCGGUCGCGCAGACGACUUGGGGCGAGUUUCUGCAGGACCCGGCGCGGUGGAAGCUUGCGGCCCUGGAUCUUUGCAGCGAGAGGCAGGUCGAUCUCCGGAUGAAGGACGCGACGACGCUGGUGCUCCAAGGAGCCAUGGCCGGCGCGGCGAUUGUGGGCAGCAUAGCCCUGUUGGCAGCCCGGUAA